AUGUCUUCUGGGAGGACUUCAUCUGUGGCACUGCUAAUGCUAUUGGGUCUGGUGGCUGUGGUGAAGGCAGGAAUAGCAGUCUCUCGAAAUCCAGAAUGCCCAAGUACUGAGGACAGGAACUUCCCCCAAACUGUGAACGUCAACAUGAACAUCCUUAACCAGAAUACAAAUUCCAAAAGAGCCUCAGAUUACUACAAACGAUCCACUUCACCUUGGACUCUCCACCGCAAUGAGGACCCUGAGAGAUAUCCCCCUGUGAUCUGGGAGGCAAAGUGCCGCCAUUUGGGCUGUGUGGAUGCUGAAGGGAAAGUGAACCACCACAUGAACUCUGUCCCCAUCCAGCAAGAGAUCUUGGUCCUGAGAAGGGAAUCUCAGCACUGUCCCCGCUCCUUCCGGCUGGAGAAGAUACUGGUGACUGUGGGCUGCACCUGUGUCACCCCUAUCGUCCGCCAUGUUGUCUAA